GGAGCGGAUGGGGAGAGGGGGCAGGCGCCGAGCGGACGGCUCGAGGGCGGCGGCGCGGCGGCGAAGACCCGCGGCAGGCGAGGAUCGACGCCAGCCGGUACGGCAACGUCGGCGACAAGUACGGCGUGAGCGCCUUCCCGACGAUGAAGCUCUUCAUCGACGGGACGGUGUUCGACUACGACCCGCACCAGGGCCGAGGGUGGCAGCAGAUCGUGAAGUGGGUUAACCGCCACAUAGACCGCGACCACAUCAUAUCGAAGGUGGAUGACAUUGAGCACUACCUUCAUGAUAAUGAGCUCAACGUCGUGGGGCUCUACCAGGACGGCUACAACAGCACCGCCUUCGGGGUCUCGGCUCGGCACUUCGACGACGUCAUUUUCGCGGAGGCGCGGGGCAGCGAGGUUUCCCGCGGCAUCGCCGAGAAGCUCGCCGUGCACGCAACCCUGACGUGCGAAACCAUGACCGUGGGGCAGAGUCACGAGGGCAAGAAGGCGUUAACGCUGCCGCGCGCCGACAUGAAGUGCAGCGACGCCCCGCGCAACCCGCAGCGGCCCGAGUGGACCGACACCUUCAAAGUCGAGGUCGCCGGCACCGAGAUGUCGGUGUCGAGGGCCGACUCCAACGGCGGGUGGCAGCAGAACUUGCAGAUCAAGUGCUGCGACGACGAGAGCCACCCCAGCGGCGAGCAGAAGAAGCUGGUCAAGAUCGACGUGCCAUCCGUGGUGAUGUUCAUGCCGCACGACGAGCGCUUCGCGGUCUACGACGGGGACAUGGAAGACACCCACGCCCUGGACAGAUGGAUCUCUGGCAGGCGCUUGCCAAUGGUUAUGAGCCUCAACGACCAGACGGCCGAGAAGCUGCUGGCCGGCAGAGAGACCCCAGUUCUCUUCCUCAUCCGGAAGGACGAGGGCGCCGAGCCCGAGGGCGUCCUCAGAGAGGCCGCCAAGCAGCUUCGCGGGCGCAUCCUCAUCUGCUUCUCGGGCC